GAUGCCUGCCCCCUGAUCUCUUUGUGUGUGUGCGCGCGAGGAAGAGAAAGAGGAGACGGCGUCGUGCGCACACGCUGCCACCAAAAAUACGGAAAUAUAUUUAAAUUAUAUAUACACCGCUACCAUCUGGAAUAAAAAAGCAUCCAAGUGGUCAAUCAGUUGCAAACUGAGCGUGGAGUUACUGUUUAUUGGAAGCUUGAAGUUACUUCACACUGGGUCCGAACUCUGGAUUAUCCACAAACAAUAACUUUCAUUUAGUUAGCUAAACUAUUGGCUAACUCAAUAGAAGAAAGUUUCCUGCUGUCCGCUAUGUCUGGAAGUGAAGAUGACAGAGACGAUUAUGGAGCCGCCGACGACCGCCUAAUGCAAGAUGAUGAGGAAGAAGAGAUCUCGGAGAAUGAGUCUCCGAAGGUGAAGAAGAAGAAGAAAAAGGCCAAGAAGAGCCGGGAGAGCAAGGGCAGCAAGAGGCGGUCGCGCAGAGAGGAGUUGACGAUCAGCUCCCCAGAGCCCAUGGACAUGGGCGGAGUGGAAGACGUAGAGGAUACGGGCUCGGCCCAGCGCUCCGAGAGCGAGGGCAGCGACUACACUCCAGGACGCAAGAAGAAGAAGAAAGCCAGCAGUGGCAAAGAGAAGAAGAGGAACAGUGUUCCUGAAAGGAGUUCCAAAAGGAAAGAACCAGAGCCAGAGGAGGAUGACGACGAUGACGAUGAUGACUCGGAGCCAAAGUCAUCAUCUCAGCUGCUGGAUGACUGGGGAAUGGAGGACAUUGACCAUGUGUUCACCGAGGAGGAUUACAGAUCCCUGACUAACUACAAGGCCUUCAGCCAGUUUGUCAGGCCGCUCAUUGCAGCCAAGAAUCCCAAGAUCGCCGUGUCCAAGAUGAUGAUGGUUUUGGGGGCAAAGUGGCGGGAGUUCAGCACAAACAACCCUCUGAGAGGAGCAGCAGCUGCGAAUGCUGCACUGGCUACUGCUAACAUACCAGCUGCUGUAGAGACCAUGGUGGCAGAGGUCACACCUGCAGCCGAGCCCCCGGCGGCCCCGGCCGAGCCUCUGCAGACACCGGCGCCGCCUCUCCGCAAAGCCAAAACCAAGGAGGGCAAAGGUCCCAACGCCCGCAAAAAAUCCAAACCAGCACCAAAGCCACAAGAGAAGAAGAAUAACAAUGCCAAGACGAAGAAGGUCGCUCCUUUGAAAAUCAAGCUGGGAGGCUUCAACAGCAAAAGGAAGCGCUCCUCGAGUGAGGAGGACGAGCCUGACGUCGACAGCGACUUUGAGAAUGGCAGCAUCAACAGCGUCUCCAUCUCGGAGGGUUCAAACAGCCGCAGCAGCCGCAGCAAGAAGAAGCUCUCCAAGAACAAACCCAAGAGGAAGAAAGAAACGGAAGAUGGCGAUGGAUAUGAGACGGACCAUCAGGACUACUGCGAGGUUUGCCAGCAGGGAGGGGAGAUCAUCCUGUGUGACACUUGCCCCAGAGCGUACCACAUGGUGUGUCUGGACCCCGACAUGGAGAAGGCCCCGGAGGGCACCUGGAGCUGCCCGCACUGCGAGAAGGAGGGCAUCCAGUGGGAAGCCAGAGAGGACGCCUCAGAGGGAGAGGAGGACAACGGCGAGACGGGCGAGAUGGAGGAGGACGACCAUCACAUGGAGUUCUGCCGGGUUUGCAAAGACGGAGGCGAGCUCCUCUGCUGCGACUCGUGUCCGUCGUCGUACCACAUCCACUGCCUGAACCCUCCGCUGCCCGAGAUUCCCAAUGGGGAGUGGAUCUGCCCCCGGUGCACAUGUCCGCCCUUGAAGGGGAAGGUUCAGAAGAUCCUAACAUGGCGGUGGGGAGACCCGCCUCCUCCUACGCCCGUGCCACGCCCUCCAGAGCUCCCCGCCGAAACCCCAGACCCCGCCCCUCUGGCCGGGCGGUCCGAGCGGGAGUUCUUCGCCAAAUGGUCCAACAUGUCUUACUGGCAUUGCUCUUGGGUCACGGAGCUCCAGCUGGAGAUGCACUGCCAGGUGAUGUUCAGGAACUACCAGAGGAAAAACGACAUGGACGAGCCGCCGCCCAUCGACUUUGGCGAAGGAGAGGAGGACAAGUGCCUGAAGAGGAAGCACAAGGAUCCCAUGUACACUCACCUGGAGGAGAAAUACCUUCGCUAUGGGAUCAAGUUUGAGUGGCUGAUGAUCCACCGCAUCCUGAACCACAGUGUGGACAGGAAGAACAACGUCCACUACCUGAUCAAAUGGCGCGAGCUGGCGUACGACCAGGCCACCUGGGAGGCCGAGGACAUGGACGUACCCGAGUUUGACACCUAUAAGGUUCAGUACUGGAACCACAGAGAACUGAUGAUGGGAGACGAUGGGAGACCAGGGAAGAAGAUCAAGGUGAAAGGAAGAGUGAAGCGGCCAGAGAGACCCCCCGAGAACCCGGUGAUAGAUCCGACCAUAAAGUUUGAGCGGCAGCCGGAUUACCUGGACACCACUGGUGGGACGCUGCACCCUUACCAGCUGGAGGGUCUCAACUGGCUGCGGUUCUCCUGGGCUCAGGGCACAGACACCAUCCUGGCUGAUGAGAUGGGUCUGGGCAAGACGGUCCAAACCGCAGUCUUCCUCUACUCGCUCUAUAAGGAGGGUCACUCCAAGGGGCCGUUCCUGGUCAGCGCUCCUCUCUCCACCAUCAUAAACUGGGAGAGAGAGUUUGAGAUGUGGGCGCCCGACAUGUACGUUGUGACGUACGUCGGAGACAAAGACAGCAGAGCCGUCAUCAGGGAGAACGAGUUCUCCUUCGAGGACAAUGCCAUCCGCGGAGGGAAGAAGGCGUCGAGGAUGAAGAAAGAUUCAUCAAUCAAGUUCCACGUCCUGCUGACUUCCUAUGAGUUGAUCACCAUCGACAUGGCCAUCUUGGGCUCCAUAGACUGGGCCUGCCUGGUGGUAGACGAGGCCCACAGACUGAAAAACAAUCAGUCCAAGUUUUUCCGGGUCUUGAACAACUAUCCGCUGCAACACAAGCUGCUACUGACGGGAACUCCACUGCAGAACAACCUGGAGGAGCUUUUCCACCUCCUUAACUUCCUCACACCUGAGAGGUUCAACAACCUGGAAGUCUUUCUGGAAGAGUUUGCCGACAUUGCUAAGGAGGAUCAGAUCAAGAAGCUUCAUGACAUGCUGGGUCCGCAUAUGCUCAGGAGGUUGAAGGCCGAUGUCUUCAAGCACAUGCCCUCCAAGACCGAGCUCAUCGUCCGGGUGGAGCUCAGUCCCAUGCAGAAAAAAUACUACAAAUUUAUCUUGACGAAAAACUUUGAGGCCCUCAACACAAAAGGUGGAGGAAACCAGGUUUCUCUGCUGAACGUUGUCAUGGACCUGAAAAAGUGCUGCAACCACCCCUACCUCUUUCCUGCAGCAGCUAUGGAAGCGCCAAAGAUGCCCAAUGGGAUGUACGACGGGAGUGCUCUCACAAAGUCAUCUGGAAAACUGCUGCUGCUGCAGAAGAUGAUGAGGAAGCUGAAGGAAGGAGGACACAGAGUUCUCAUUUUCUCGCAGAUGACCAAGAUGUUGGAUCUGUUGGAGGACUUCUUGGAAAAUGAAGGGUACAAAUAUGAGCGGAUUGACGGAGGAAUCACCGGCGGGAUGAGACAGGAAGCCAUCGAUCGUUUUAACGCUCCCGGUGCUCAGCAGUUUGCCUUCUUGUUGUCCACGAGGGCCGGAGGUCUGGGAAUCAAUCUGGCCACAGCCGACACGGUCAUCAUUUACGACUCGGACUGGAAUCCUCACAAUGACAUCCAGGCUUUCAGCAGAGCUCAUCGUAUCGGUCAGAACAGAAAGGUCAUGAUCUACAGAUUUGUCACUAAGGCCUCUGUGGAGGAGAGGAUUACUCAGGUGGCCAAGAAGAAGAUGAUGUUGACUCACCUGGUGGUCCGACCCGGUCUUGGAUCCAAGACGGGCUCCAUGUCUAAACAGGAGCUGGACGACAUUCUCAAGUUUGGAACAGAAGAGCUGUUCAAGGACGACUUAGAAGGUGAGAACAAAGAGGAAGACAGCAGCAUCAUCCAUUACGAUGACAAAGCCAUCGAGCGACUUCUCGACCGCAAUCAGGACGCCACCGACGACACGGAGAUACAGAGCAUGAACGAAUACCUGAGCUCCUUCAAAGUGGCUCAGUAUGUGGUCAAAGACGAGGAGGAAGAGGAGGAGGAAGUGCAGCGAGAAAUCAUCAAGCAGGAGGAGAGCGUCGACCCAGACUACUGGGAGAAACUGCUGCGGCACCACUAUGAGCAGCAGCAGGAGGAUCUGGCCCGCAACCUGGGCAAAGGCAAACGCAUCCGCAAGCAGGUCAACUACAACGACGGCUCACAGGAAGACAGAGCUGAUUGGCAGGACGACCAGUCUGAUGGACAGUCGGAUUACUCUGUGGCGUCUGAGGAAGGGGAUGAAGACUUUGAUGAGAGAUCAGAGGCCAACUCUCGCAGGCCCAACAGGAAAGGCCUGAGGAAUGAUAAAGACAAACCACUGCCCCCCCUGCUGGCCAGGGUUGGAGGCAACAUUGAGGUAUUGGGUUUCAAUUCUCGGCAGAGGAAGGCCUUCCUGAACGCAGUGAUGCGUUAUGGGAUGCCUCCGCAGGAUGCCUUCACCACCCAGUGGCUGGUCCGAGACCUGCGGGGGAAAUCUGAGAAAGAAUUCAAGGCUUACGUCUCUCUGUUCAUGCGCCACCUGUGCGAACCCGGAGCAGACGGAGCUGAGACUUUCGCAGAUGGCGUCCCUAGAGAAGGGUUGUCCCGGCAACAUGUCCUCACACGCAUCGGCGUCAUGUCGCUUAUACGCAAAAAAGUCCAGGAGUUUGAGCACGUCAACGGUCAGUGGUCCAUGCCCUGGAUGGCCGACCUGGAGGAGAACAAGAGGGCUGCGGCUCAGCCGGACUCUCCAGGAAAAACACCGUCCACUGGGACCCCCGCUGACACACAGCCCAACACUCCUGCUCCAGCUGAUGACUCGGUGAAGAAUGAAGAGGCAUCAAAGGAUGGAGAGAAAGACGCAAAGAAAGAGGGCGAGGCAGAUAAAAACGGCAAAGAGCCAGCUAAAGCCAACAGCGAGGUUAUCGCCAUCCCGGACGACGAUGAGAAGGUCCCAAUGGAGACGCAGGAGAAGAAAAACGGCGAGGAGCCGAUGGAGACGGACAAACCGAGCAACGGAGAAGCAGAGAGCGCAAAGGAAAAGGAAGGAGAGGAGGGAGAGGGAGAGAAAAAGAGCUCAGAGGGAGGAGAGGAAGACAAACCAGCUGUAGAUGAAAAGACGGAGCCGUCAGAAGUCAAACCUGAGGAACCUGAAGUCAAAGGAGAGGAAAAGAAGGAAGAGAAGACUGAAAAGAUGGACACCACUCCUCCUGCAGAAGAAAAGAAAGAUGUGAAGGAGGAGAAAGAAGCUCCAAAGCCAGAGGAGGCGGCCAAGCUGCAGAACGGAGACGGCAGCAAAGAGGGUGUGGCUACGGCGGCAGUGGCAGCGGCAGCUUCCACCGCCAGCGGCGUGAGCGAGGAGAAGAAGAAAGCCAAAACCAGAUUCAUGUUCAACAUCGCAGAUGGAGGAUUCACAGAGCUCCACUCUUUAUGGCAGAAUGAGGAGCGCGCCGCCACGGUUACCAAGAAAACCAAUGAGAUCUGGCACCGUCGCCAUGACUACUGGCUGCUGGCCGGCAUCAUUCAACACGGCUACGCUCGCUGGCAGGACAUCCAGAACGACGCGAGGUUCGCCAUCCUCAACGAGCCGUUCAAAGGGGAGAUGAACAGGGGCAACUUCCUGGAAAUCAAGAACAAGUUCCUGGCCCGAAGGUUUAAGCUGUUGGAACAGGCGCUGGUGAUCGAGGAGCAGCUGCGUCGCGCCGCCUACCUCAACAUGUCAGAAGAUCCCUCCCACCCCUCCAUGGCCCUGAACACCCGCUUCAGCGAGGUGGAGUGUCUGGCCGAGUCCCACCAGCACCUAAGCAAGGAGUCCAUGUCCGGGAACAAACCGGCCAACGCCGUCCUGCACAAAGUGCUAAAGCAGUUGGAAGAACUGCUGAGUGACAUGAAGGCGGAUGUGACCCGCCUCCCAGCAACCAUCGCCCGGAUACCGCCGGUUGCUGUCCGACUCCAGAUGUCUGAGAGGAACAUCCUGAGCCGCCUAGCGAGCCGAGGACCAGAAACACAGACGCAGACACAGCAGCAGAUGCCGCAGCAGUAGACUGAAAAUCGUCUCUAACCUCAAGAACCACCCCCUGCCUCACGUCAACAUUCCUGAUUGGUGCACAACGAGUCGGUGUGCUCCGAGCUUGAAGCCACGUCCUGUUCACUUUUCACCCCCAAAAUGGACUUUACAGAGUUUUUCUGGAGGAUCAGAUUUCCUCCCUGUCCCAAAAAUGAGGCUGUGGACAGAUGUUUUAUUUUUUUUUAUAUUUUCCCCCUAUUUUUUUUUUUUCCAAUUUCUUUAUUAAUAUUAUUGAUAUAAUGUUAUUAUGAUGGUUUUUUUGGGACCUAAAUAAAAAAUGUAAUGAAG